AUGGCGGACAGCGCUGGGAUUCAGCAAGGUUCGCCGGCCAUCGGGGCUUCAGGCCUUGUUCCGGCCGCUCCUGGAGCCGGGGGCACGGAGGGCUCAGGCGCCGCUGGAGGAUCCGCACGUAUCGCCGUGAAGAAGGCGCAACUCCGCUCCUCACCCCGGCCAAAGAAACUGGAAAAACUCGGAGUGUACUCAUCCUGCAAAGUAUGUUGCAUUUGCAAAUAGCUGUCAAUGUGAGCACCGCUGCUUAGGAGGGUUUAUUCUCUAAAAACGGUAUUUCCUGGGCUUGGUUGCAAUAGUUUACAAUAUGCAAGCGCAGCAAAGGAAGCCAUUGCCGCACUUCAUUUUUUUCAUUUUGCAUGCACGAGCCAAUAAUUGAAAAACUGUAUUAAUAAUCUAUUAAAUAAAAGCGUAAUUUAUACAUAUGGGCUGCAUAGAAGGGGAACUUCCAGCUGCAAGCUUUGCACUGUUCGUACAAUGUUACUAUGUUGUGUCGAGGUGGGGGGUUGGUGAACGUAAACAGUGGCUUGGCGCUGGUACUUGGGAGUAGCUGGCUGUGUGCACAAGGGCUGCAUCCCAGUGUCUGUGGGUGAGUGUGCGGGGUCUCAGCUCUCCCCGCGGACAUGCUCCGGUGUCUCCGUGCCGUCUGUGGGCACAAGGCGAUCCACAGAGAGGAUUUUAUGUGUUUUUACAGUGUAUCAUCCGCAGAGAGGGACAGGGUCUUUGUUUUUGACAGGGUGACAGCUGCUGGGGGGGCGGAGUUUGUUGUUGUUUCAACGCGCAUGCUCAGUGCGGUAGCUCCAGCUGACGGUGACAGGCCUCCUCACCCCACCUCACCUCCCUGCAUUUUUACAGAGUCAGUCAUAAUAAACGAGAAUUUAAACUGCAUCGACGGUUGUAGCACUUUUAAAACUGCCCAGGUGAACUGUCAGGAGACAUAUAAUAUUCCAGCAUUUGUCUUAUAAAAAGUAAUUAGAUCACAAAAAAAUGCAAAUAGAAAAUAAAUUUAUUGAGAAAUAAGGUGCCUCUCUCAAUGAUAUUUUAUUAUUCUGUAUUGAGUUUCAGUGUUAUUGCUGGUAAUUUAGCCAGUUUGACCCACUCUCACCUUUACUCACAUCUCUACUAAUUCAUAACCUGUUUUCUGCCCUAGGCUGAGGGAGCCUGUAAGUGUAACGGCUGGAAAAGUCAGAACCCCCCUCCUACACCUCCACGAACAGACCAGCAGUCCAACACAGUCAACCUGCAGGAGCCCUGCCGGAGCUGCUCUCACACUCUGGGUACAGCAGCUGUUGUGUGUUUUAACGCUCCUGUGAGGAGAUUAUGAUUGGUUAUGUAACAGUGAAGCAUCUCUAUGAUGUGCAAAAGCAAAUGACACUAUUGAUGACAAGAUUGACAAUUGUUAUACUGUCAUUUUUGAUACCUGUCACUGCAUCAAACAGCCCUGGUUGAUAUUCCUAAUGCAAAUACUGAUGAUAAAUGAUGAAUUUCCACUAUAAAAGACAACAAGAGAGAAAAUCAACAACGAUACAAGAGUUAUCUCUUUUUAUCACAGGGGUUGCCAAAGUCAACAUAGAUAACAAGUUCCUCACAGGAGCUCUAAUAUUUGUUCCAUUAAAUGACAAUGAACUGUUUGUUUCCAUUUUUAAAAAGGACAGUAGAUUAACAUCACAACUAUUUUAAUAUUUGUCUUAUCCUUGCAUUAGGUGAUCAUGUGACCCAUCUCGAAAAUGUUUCUGAAGAGGAAAUGAACAGACUUCUUGGUAUUGUCUUGGAUGUGGAGUAUCUCUACACUUGUGUUCACAAAGAGGAGGAUGCAGACACCAAACAGGUCUACUUUUCCCUCUUCAAGGUGAGCUUCUGCUUACACAGUUAAAAAAAUAUCCAGACACAGGAUUGUAAAAUACACUUUAUGCACAAGUGAGCUCACUGCUAUUCUUCUUAUCUCUUCAGCUACUGAGAAAAUCCAUCCUGCAGAUGGGCAAACCAAUGCUUGAAGCCCAGGAGAGUCCUCCAUUUGAAAAACCCAGUAUUGAGCAGGUAACUAUAAGAUAGUAUCAGUCUCAGCUAUAACAUGAAAGCAUCACAAUGCCAGAAGUGAUAGUUUAGUUUGUCCAUACUACUGCUUACGUAUUUUCUCUUGUCCAAACAGGGAGUUAACAACUUUGUGCAGUACAAGUUCAGCCACCUCCCAUCCAAAGAGCGCCAAACCAUCAUGGAGCUAGCUAAGAUGUUCCUCAACCAGAUCAACUACUGGCAGCUGGAGACACCCUCCCAGAGACGACAGAGGGUUCCCAACGAUGACGCCGCCGGAUACAAAGCCAACUACACGAGGUAGAGGCCCUUCAGACCUCCUAUUAACAUGAACCAAAUGUGUUUACAGUCAGAGUGUGUGAUUUGUGUUCCUUCUUCGCUGCAGAUGGCUCUGCUACUGCAACGUGCCUCAGUUCUGCGACAGCCUCCCUCGGUAUGAGACCACUCAGAUUUUCGGCCGGACGUUGUUACGGUCAGUGUUCACUGUGAUGAGGAAACAGCUGCUGGAGCAGGCCAGACAGGAAAAGGACAAGCUGCCACCUGAGAAACGCACACUCAUCCUCACACACUUUCCAAAGUAAGAAAACAAACAAAAAGUGCAGAUGCUUGGACUAAUGGGUUUAGAAAAUUACAUACUUAAACUUUAAUGGCAUUUGCAGAACAGUAAAAACACUCACACCUGUGAUACAUCACCCUCAGUAUAGAAGUCACACAUGCAUGUUUAACGACCUUUUAUACUACAAUGAAGCUGUGGUUGCUUUCCUUGGCUCAGGUUCCUGUCUAUGCUGGAGGAGGAGGUUUACAGUCACAGCUCACCCAUCUGGAGCCAAGACUUUUUGGCAGGAGCAUCAGGAGGGCAGAUUCCAAUCCACACAGGUAACGUUCACCCUUACGAGCCCAGCUGAAGAAACAAAUACCUGCAGACUCGACUUUUGGACGAGUUUAAGCUGAUGAAAGAAAUAUAACCUAAUAUGACUUUAUUUUCAUGUUUGUUGGGAAAUAGUCAUUAGUGCGCCCCCAGUGGCCAGGCCACUCUACUACAGCACCAGCCCUGUGUCAGUGGAUCCCUCCACCUGUGGCAGCGUCAGUCCUGCCAGAAAAACAGCAUCUGUACUGGAGCCAAACCCAGGUAUGACAGGUACACCUGUAAUUAUUCAAAGGUUACACUAUUACGUAAUACUAGCCUUGUAGUUUUUAUUGUCAGUGGAGCUAGUUCAGGCACGCAACUAAGGCUUCACUGAUUUCACUCUCCACGCACACUUUUCUGUUUCAUGUAGCUAUGAUGUGACUUUGAAUGAUUUAGUAACAGCUUGUUCCCAAACACUUACAGAGUGUCGUUGAAAGGAGAGGUGAUGAAACAGUGUCCUGAGUUAUUUUUAAACAUGGCAUCAAAUUCAGAGUGAGCAUAUGAGAUUGAUUUUCUCAGCUUUAGCACUAGAUACGUCAUCGUUGGGCUAUUUUUUAUCACAUGUAGAGGUUUCAAUGUGUUGUAAAUCACCACAUUCCUCUUAUUCACUCUGUUGGUUAUAUUUUUCAACUUGUGACACUGUGUGAAAUUGCCACCCUAAAUAAUAACUUCUUUUUGUGUUUAUGUUUGUGUUUUGCAGUUGGAGAGAAACGAAAGCCCUCAGAGCCUCUCAACCAUGAAGAAAACAAGAGACCGAGAGUGGUGGGUGACAUCCCCAUGGAACUCAUCAAUGAAGUCAUGGCAACCAUUGCCGACCCAGCUGCCAUUCCAGAGGUGAACAGAUGUUUUUGUUUGGGAAGCCAAUAGCAUGAAAUCCAAUACGAUUUGCUUUUAAUAGAAAACAUCGCACCUGAUCAAUCAGCAAAAAACAUGAAUAUUUUUAACUCUGAGGUUCUGAACAGAUGGUAAUUAUUAUAUGCCUGCUCCUCGUGCAGACCAGUCUGCUGUCUGCCCACUCUGCACGUGAUGAAGCCGCUCGUCUGGAGGAGCGCAGGGGCGUGAUUGAAUUCCAUGUCAUCGGUAACUCCCUGAACCAAAAACCCAACAAGAGGAUCCUGAUGUGGCUCGUUGGCCUGCAGAACGUUUUCUCCCACCAGCUUCCCCGCAUGCCCAAAGAGUACAUCACACGGCUGGUCUUUGAUCCGUGAGUGUCGCAGCACUUUGUCCUGAUAAUGCACAGCAUGAUGGCAGAAACACAACACAUCUCUGUUUCUUUGUUGACAGGAAGCACAAGACGUUGUCACUGAUCAAAGAUGGCCGUGUGAUUGGAGGGAUCUGCUUCCGGAUGUUCCCGUCGCAGGGUUUUACAGAAAUUGUGUUCUGUGCUGUGACCUCCAACGAACAGGUCAAGGUGAGAGUGUCUUCCUUUCCCAGUUUGGUUUGUUUCUGCACCCUGGAUGUUCAGAUGUUAACCUUUAGCACGUGUUGCUUGUAGGGAUACGGGACUCAUUUGAUGAACCACCUGAAGGAGUAUCACAUAAAGCAUGAAAUUCUCAACUUCCUCACAUACGCAGACGAGUAUGCCAUCGGCUACUUUAAGAAACAGGUGAUUCAAGAACUUGAAUUUCUUUUUCCAUGAGUUUUCAAUUAAAUCCAAAUUAUUUCACAUGUUCCCAAUUGGUUCAUUUUCUCGUUUUAAACUUGAAGAGUCUUUGCUCAAAUCUUACUGAUUAUUCUCAAAUCAAAAAUCAAAAACACUAUCUUUUAUUGUUCUGUGGUUGUUAACAGCUGAUAAUGAACAGGCAUAAAAAAGUUGACAGCUGUGAUUUUAAUGAGCUUGCUGUGCUUGCAUGAUGCUAAAAAAAAUAGCUGCACAGAACCAAAAACUUCUCCUCUGCCCCAGGGGUUUUCAAAGGACAUCAAGGUCCCAAAGGCCAAGUAUGUGGGCUACAUCAAAGACUACGAGGGAGCCACUCUCAUGGGCUGUGAAUUGAAUCCCAGCAUCCCCUACACUGAGUUUUCUGUUAUCAUCAAGAAGCAGAAGGAGGUGUGUGUUCCCAUUUCUUUGUUUCUCGUUUAAAUACUUAUUUUCUUUUGUUGUCCCUGCACUUUAAACCCUCUCAUUUUCAUUUGUGUCCUUCAGAUCAUUAAGAAGCUGAUUGAGCGGAAGCAGGCUCAGAUCAGGAAGGUUUAUCCAGGACUCUCCUGUUUCAAGGAAGGAGUGCGACAGAUUCCUAUUGAGAGUAUUCCUGGCAUACGUACGUAGUUAUUUUAACAGUGUUUCAUUUUUUUAACAUCAUCUAUGGCGGCUCUGGGAUUAAUUUAAGUUUUUGUACAUUCACAGGUGAAACUGGCUGGAAACCUGUAGGUAAAGGGUAAGUGUGACUCCACAUUACUUCACCUUAGCAGAGUGCAAACUUGAAAUUUUGCACUAACAGGAUGGAAAGAUUGAUAAUGUAUCUGAAACUUAUUUGACUUUAGGAAGGAACUGAAGGAUCCAGACCAGCUGUACAGCACUCUGAAGACUAUCCUCCAGCAUGUGAAGGUGAGAAAAAGAAACAUAUACACAUACAUACAUGUUUAACAUAUUCACACAGUUUAUUUAUAAUAACCUGCUGUGUGUGUCUCAGAGUCACCAGAAUGCCUGGCCUUUCAUGGAGCCGGUGAAGAAGACAGAAGCACCAGGGUACUACCAAGUCAUCCGCUUCCCCAUGGGUAUGUGCAUGAGGCCAUUCUGUCUAGAGCUGCUGUGAAUGCUGCAACAGGAUUUAUAUUUGCCUCCUCACGUCAUCUUUGCCAGUCACCUUAUAAACAAGGCUGCUAUCAAAGCUCCUCUAUGGAACUUUCUGUUUGUGUACAUGAGGACAAAGUCGUGUUUCCUUUUCUUAUCCUUUACAUGCUAAAGUAGCGACUCGUGACAGUCAGAUAUAUCAUUUAUUGCAAAUAUUUCAUAAAAUCAGGGCUGUUUCUUUCUGCUUGACUGACACCUACCCUCUCUCACUUGUAUCAGGCAUUGACAGUCACGAUAUGCAAAUACUCAGUCUUGUUGCCGAUGGUCUCAUUUGCUUUUGGAUGUCAUGAAAAGGCAUUAAUAUGAAUUUUUGUCUAUUUUAUGAAUGUGAAAGAACUCUUUCUAGGAGCUGCAAGCGUGCAGAAUGAUUUCAAACAGACUUUACGCCACUUUUAAAAACGGCAGAAGUGUGGUCAAACAUUUUGGGCAUUUUUUGCCUUAUUUAGAUAAAACACAGAAGAGAUACAGGAAAUGUGGCGACGUGGAAAGAGCUGAUGGAAUUGAACCAGCAGCUGCUAAGAUAGGACUGUAGCCUUCGUAUGCAGGGCACUUAGACCUCUAGACCGGUAGUCCUCAAGUCCAGUCCUCAAGGCCCACUGUCCUGUAUGUUUUGGAUGUUUCCCUGCUCCACCACACCUGAUUCAAAUGAUUAGCUCGUUAUUAAGCUAUUACAGAGCUUGAUAACGAGCUGAUCAUUUGAAUCAGGUGUGUUGGAACAGGGAAACAUCCAAAAACAUGCAGGACAGUGGGCCUUGAGGACUGGACUUGAGAACCACUGCUCUAAACCAUCAAUUUUCAUAGUGGAGCUUUAUUAAGUGCCAAUAGAUAGAAAUGUGGGGGAAAAACGCUUGUAGUGGACAUAGGCCCCAAGACUUUUUAGUUGAUGUUCAAGGAUCUGUUUCUAGUGAAAAAAAAUAAUUUUUGUCAACAUCCAGUCAUUAAACUUAAGUCAUUGUCAAACACACCAUAACAAUAACGUUCAUAAUGUCUCCACACACAAACCUCAACCAAAAAGCCACUCUAUAGCCACAAAUAAUGCUCAGAACAGCACCUCACUUCAUCAACAGUACAUAUAGGGGUCCCAGCCAUAGUUCUAGACAUCAAACAUCUUUUUAGCUUUGCCUGAUUUCUUUAGCAAAGAGACCAAACACAACUCACCCACUCUCCCCCAGCAGCCACUUGUUUGUGGGGGAGCCCUGAAGAGUCAAUCACCGAGUGCAUCAGAUCAUUUCCAUGAAAUAAUGAUCAUUAUAACAAUCAUUUUGCACUGCAGACAUGGUAGUCCUUCUGCCUUAGCAUCUCGGUCUGAUUGCGUUUCCAUGCAGUAAUAAUCAUAAAUUUUCUGCAGCACUUAGUAGACUCCUGUGUAUUGCUAUCAUACGGUCAUUGCUAAAGUUGGUAUAACUAGAGAAGCAAGCGGUCGGCAACAUUCAUCUAUCGAGGGGGUGUCUAACUCAGUAUUAUGGUGUGUUUGACUAUAACUUAAAUUUACACUGGUAUAUCCCUUUAAGGUUUGCUGUCACCCUUUGGCUGAGAUUUUAAAAAUAGCCAUUACAGCGCAGAUUUUUUGAUAAAUUCUUAACAGAUGGCUCAAACCAGUUAUUUUUUGUCUGAAAGCGAUUAAGGAGUACAGAACUUUUUACAUAGAUAUAAGAUCUCUGCCAGUCGUAGUGUCCACACUCAACCUUUGACAGUGUCCUGAUCCAAAUUUCUAAAAAUAAAUGUUGAUUUCUUUCCCCUACAGACCUAAAGACCAUGAGUGAGCGUCUGAAAAGCAGGUACUACACAACGCGCAAGCUUUUCAUGGCAGACAUGCAACGCAUCUUUACCAACUGUCGUGAAUACAACCCUCCAGAGAGCGAGUACUAUAAGUGCGCCAACCUACUGGAGAAGUUCUUCUACACCAAGAUUAAAGAAGCAGGGCUUAUAGAGAAAUAG